CGCUGGCCAACCCGGCGGCGUUGCGGCCCCGCUCGACUCCUCCGCCGCCGCCGUCAGCGCCGGCCGUCUUCCCGCUGCCGAGCCCUCGCCGCCGCCUGCAUGGCGCUCAGCGGCUUCUGCAGAUCCGAGGGCUCCGACCCCUUCUGGGACUGGAAUGCCACAUGGUACACCAGCAACCCUGACUUCACCAAGUGCUUUCAGAACACCGUCCUCGUGUGGGUGCCUUGCUGCUACCUCUGGGCCUGCUUCCCUUUCUACUUCCUCUAUCUCUCCCGACAUGACCGGGGCUACAUUCAGAUGACGCACCUCAACAAAGCCAAAACUGCCUUGGGAUUCUUGCUGUGGAUUGUCUGCUGGGCAGACCUCUUCUACUCUUUCUGGGAAAGAAGUCAGGGCAAGCUCCUGCCCCCAGUGUUGCUGGUCAGCCCCACUCUCUUGGGUAUCACCAUGCUGCUCGCUACCUUUUUGAUUCAGCUUGAGAGAAGGAAGGGUGUUCAGUCCUCGGGGGUCAUGCUUAUUUUCUGGCUUACAGCCCUGCUGUGUGCCCUGGCCAUCUUCAGGUCCAGAAUCAUGUCUGCCUUAAAAGAGGCCACCAAAGACAACCUGUUUCGCGAUAUCACUUUCUACUUGUACUUUUUCCUUGUGCUGAUUCAACUUGUGUUGGCCUGUUUCUCUGACCGCUUGCCUCUGUUCUCUGAAACCAUCAACGACCCCAAUCCUUGCCCGGAAUCCGGCGCCUCAUUCCUUUCCAAGAUCACCUUCUGGUGGAUCACAGGGUUGAUGAUCCGAGGCUACCGGCAGCCCUUGGAGGGCGGUGACCUCUGGUCUCUGAAUAAGGAGGACACAUCAGAACAAGUCGUGCCUGUGUUGGUGAAGAAUUGGAAGAAGGAAUGUGCCAAGUCUAGGAGGCAGCCAGUGAAGAUGGUGUACUCCGCCUCCAAGGAUGCUGCCAAGCCCAAGGGGAAUUCCAAGGUGGAUGUGAACGAGGAGGCUGAGGCCCUGAUUGUCAAGUCCCCCCAGAAGGAGCGGGACCCCUCCCUGUUUAAAGUGUUGUACAAGACCUUCGGGCCCUACUUCCUCAUGAGCUUCUUAUUUAAGGCCCUUCAUGACCUGAUGAUGUUUGCUGGGCCUGAGAUCUUAAAGUUGCUCAUUCACUUUGUCAACGACAAGAAAGCCCCAGACUGGCAGGGCUACUUCUACACGGCGCUGCUGUUCGUGAGCGCCUGCCUGCAGACGCUGGUGCUGCACCAGUACUUCCACAUCUGCUUCGUCAGCGGCAUGAGGAUCAAGACCGCUGUCAUCGGGGCUGUCUACCGCAAGGCCCUGGUGAUCACCAAUUCAGCUAGAAAGUCCUCCACAGUUGGUGAGAUUGUCAACCUCAUGUCUGUGGAUGCCCAGAGGUUCAUGGACUUGGCCACGUACAUUAACAUGAUCUGGUCGGCCCCCCUGCAAGUCAUCCUCGCCCUCUACCUCCUCUGGCUGAACCUGGGUCCCUCAGUCCUGGCUGGGGUGGCUGUGAUGAUCCUCAUGGUGCCCUUUAAUGCUGUGAUGGCAAUGAAGACCAAGACCUAUCAGGUGGCUCACAUGAAGAGCAAAGACAAUCGUAUUAAGCUCAUGAAUGAAAUUCUCAACGGGAUCAAAGUGCUGAAGCUGUACGCAUGGGAGCUGGCGUUCAAGGACAAGGUGAUGGCCAUCAGGCAGGAGGAGCUGAAGGUGCUGAAGAAAUCUGCCUACCUGGCGGCCGUGGGGACCUUCACCUGGGUCUGCACACCUUUUCUGGUGGCCCUGUCUACAUUUGCCGUCUAUGUGACUGUCGACAAGAACAACGUCCUGGAUGCCCAGAAAGCCUUCGUGUCCUUGGCCUUGUUCAACAUCCUCCGCUUUCCCCUGAACAUCCUCCCCAUGGUCAUCAGCAGCAUCGUGCAGGCGAGUGUCUCUCUCAAACGCCUGAGGAUCUUCCUUUCCCACGAGGAGCUGGAGCCUGGUAGCAUUGAGCGGCAGCCUGUCAAAGAUGCUGCGGGGACAAACAGCAUUACCGUGAGGAAUGCCACGUUCACAUGGGCCAGAGGUGAAGCCCCUACACUGAAUGGCAUCACCUUCUCCAUCCCGGAAGGCGCCUUGGUGGCUGUGGUAGGCCAGGUGGGCUGUGGAAAGUCAUCUUUGCUCUCGGCCCUCUUGGCAGAGAUGGACAAGCUGGAAGGUCACGUGGCUCUCAAGGGCUCGGUGGCCUACGUUCCCCAACAGGCCUGGAUUCAGAAUGACUCUCUCCGAGAAAACAUCCUCUUUGGGCGCCAGCUGCAGGAACAGCACUACAAGGCUGUCAUCAAGGCCUGUGCCCUCCUCCCAGACUUGGAAAUCCUGCCCAGCGGGGACCGGACCGAGAUUGGUGAGAAGGGUGUGAACCUGUCCGGGGGCCAGAAGCAGCGUGUGAGCCUGGCCCGGGCCGUGUACUGUGACUCAGACAUCUACCUCUUCGAUGACCCCCUCUCAGCUGUGGAUGCCCACGUGGGAAAGCACAUUUUUGACAACGUGAUUGGUCCCAAGGGGAUGCUGAAGAAUAAGACUCGGAUCCUGGUCACACAUGGCAUCAGCUACCUACCGCAGGUGGAUGUCAUUGUCGUCAUGACUGGCGGCAAGAUCUCCGAGAUGGGCUCUUACCAGGAGCUGCUAGCCCGGGAUGGGGCCUUUGCCGAAUUCUUGCGCACAUAUGCCAGCGCGGAGCAGGAACAGGCCUCAGAGGAUGAUGGGAUGACAGGCAUCAGCGGUCCAGGAAAGGAAGCAAAGCAAAUGGAGAAUGGCACGCUGGUGAUGGACACCGCUGGGAAGCAGCUGCAGAGGCAGCUCAGCAACUCCUCCUCCUACAGUGGCGACGUCAGCAAGCACCACACCAGCACCGCUGAGCUACAGAAACCCAGGGCCCAGGAGGAGAACUGGAAGCUGAUGGAGGCGGAUAAGGCGCAGACAGGGCAGGUGCAGCUCUCGGUGUACUGGGACUACAUGAAGGCCAUCGGGCUCUUCCUCUCCUUUCUGAGCAUCUUCCUCUUCCUGUGCAACCACAUUUCCUCCCUGGCUUCCAACUACUGGCUCAGUCUCUGGACGGACGACCCUGUCGUCAAUGGGACCCAGGAGCACACGAAAGUCCGGCUCAGCGUCUACGGAGCUCUGGGCAUCUCACAAGGUGUCGCUGUGUUCGGCUACUCUAUGACAGUGUCCAUUGGAGGCAUCUUUGCCUCCCGCCGCCUGCACCUAGACCUGCUGUACAAUGUCCUCCGGUCACCCAUGAGCUUCUUCGAGCGCACCCCCAGCGGGAACCUGGUGAACCGCUUCUCCAAGGAGCUGGACACGGUAGACUCCAUGAUCCCGCAAGUCAUCAAGAUGUUCAUGGGCUCCCUGUUCACUGUACUGGGCUCCUGCAUCCUCAUUCUGCUGGCCACCCCCAUCGCUGCUGUCGUCAUCCCGCCACUGGGCCUCAUCUACUUCUUCGUGCAGAGGUUCUACGUGGCUUCCUCUCGGCAGCUAAAGCGCCUUGAGUCAGUCAGCCGCUCCCCAAUUUACUCCCACUUCAACGAGACCUUGCUGGGGGUCAGCGUCAUCCGCGCCUUCGAGGAGCAGGAACGUUUUAUCCACCAGAGUGACCUGAAGGUGGACGAGAAUCAGAAGGCUUACUACCCCAGCAUCGUGGCCAACAGGUGGCUCGCUGUGCGACUGGAGUGUGUCGGAAACUGUAUCGUCCUGUUUGCCGCACUCUUUGCGGUCAUCUCCCGGCACAACCUCAGUGCCGGCCUGGUGGGCCUCUCGGUGUCUUACUCCCUGCAGAUCACCUCGUACUUGAACUGGCUGGUUCGGAUGUCUUCUGAGAUGGAGACCAACAUUGUAGCUGUGGAGAGACUCAAGGAGUAUUCAGAAACGGAGAAAGAGGCUCCCUGGCAAAUCCAGGAGACAGCUCCACCCAGCAGCUGGCCCCAGGUAGGCCGAGUGGAGUUCCGGGAUUAUGGCCUGCGGUACCGAGAGGACCUGGACUUGGUUCUCAAGCACAUCAACGUCAUCAUCGAAGGGGGAGAAAAGGUUGGCAUUGUAGGGCGCACAGGAGCCGGCAAGUCCUCCCUCACCCUGGGCUUGUUUCGGGUGAAUGAGUCCGCUGAAGGCGAGAUCAUCAUCGAUGGUAUCAAUAUCGCCAAGAUCGGCCUGCACAACCUGCGCUUCAAAAUCACCAUCAUCCCCCAGGACCCCGUUUUGUUCUCGGGCUCUCUCCGCAUGAACCUGGACCCGUUCAGCCAGUACUCAGAUGAAGAAGUCUGGACAGCCCUGGAGCUGGCUCACCUCAAGGGCUUCGUGUCCGGCCUCCCCGACAAGCUGAACCAUGAGUGUGCGGAAGGCGGGGAGAACCUAAGCAUUGGGCAGCGCCAACUAGUGUGCCUGGCCCGAGCUUUGCUGAGGAAGACAAAGAUCCUUGUGCUGGAUGAGGCCACGGCAGCCGUGGACCUGGAAACAGAUGACCUCAUCCAGUCCACCAUUAGGACACAAUUCGAGGACUGUACGGUCCUCACCAUUGCCCACCGACUCAACACCAUCAUGGACUACACAAGGGUGAUUGUGCUGGACAAAGGGGAGAUCCGGGAGUGCGGCACCCCAUCCGACCUCCUACAGCAGAGAGGUCUCUUCUAUAGCAUGGCCAAAGAUGCCGGCUUGGUGUGAGCGCAAGAGCUGGGGCACCUGGUCAGAACUGCAGGGCCGACACACCAGUGUCCAGGGAUGAGCCGGUGUCCUUGGGAACCCAGACCUCUCAGUCAGAAACCAAAAAAAAAAAAAGGAAAGAAAGAAAACCAAACCCAUCAAACCAAAA